AUGACAAUGGGUAGUCGCAGCGAUUUCCCCCCCGGCACUGUCGAGCUGCUAAGCCGUCAAAAGUCGGGCAAAGAAGAGAUAACUCGCAGGCCCACGCCGUCAGACGACCCCAACGAUCCUCUGCGAUGGCCGAUGUGGCGCAAAUUGUUCAACUUUGGGCUUCUCACGGCCAUGACCAUGGCCAUUUUCACCGGGCUGGCCAUACAGUCGCUGUUUUUCAAACCCCUGAGACAAGAGCUGCACGUCACGACCGCCCAGCUGCUGACGGCCAAGGCCAUCCUGCUGAGCGGGGAGGCGGUGACGUGCAUCGUCUUCAUCCCCCUUGCCAAAAAGUACGGCCGGCGCUCGCUGUACAUUGUGUCGACGGCCGUCUUUACGGCAGCCGUGUGGUGGACGGCGUACAUGCAGACGGCGACGGAGCUAUAUCUGACGAACCUGCUCAAGGGCCUUGCGGGCGCCAUCAACGAGACUGCCGUGCAGAUGAGUAUCCGCGACAUGUUCUUUGUCCACCAGAGAGGCACUGCCAACGGCUUCUACUUUGCCGCCCUCAAGUUUGGCUUCACCCUCAGUCCCAUGGCCGCCGGCGCGCAGGCAACGGCAUUCGGGUGGCGGUCGUGCUACAUGACGCUCGCCGUCUUCAUGACGGUUCUCACCCUGGUCUUUGCCGUCGGGUACGAAGAGACCAAGUUUGUGCGGCCCGCAGCCGACGACAAGGGCAGCGCCGAGGACGAGGAUGCUGUUGACGGCGCGCUGGAAAAGGACCUGGACGAAAAGCGCACGCCCCAGGUGCCUUUCCCGCACUACCUCCGGCUCCAGCUUCUCACGCCGACGGGCGAGUCGCUCUGGAAGACGCUCUACCAGCCGCUCUUCACCAUGGCCAUACCCCAGGUCAUGUUUGUGGCCGCCCUGUACGGCGUCGAUCUCUGCACCAUCACCGUGUCGGGGUCCAUGAAGUCCAUCAUCUUUGUCGAGCCGCCGUACAACUUUACGCCCCGCGAGCUGGGGCUGAUGCAUCUCGGGCCGUUUGUCGGGUCGAUACUCGGCACCCUGUACGGAGGAUUCCUCAUUGACGCCGCCAUUGUGUGGCUGGCCAGGCGCAACGGCGGCAUCUUUGAGCCCGAGAUGCGCUUGUACUUUUUGCCCAUCCCGGCCCUUGCCAUGGCGGCCGGCAUGGCCACGUUUGGCGUCGCGGCCGACCGCGGAAUGCAUUGGAUCUACCCCAUCAUCGGGACCACGCUCAGCUCCUUUGGAUUCGGCGGCGUUGCCGACAUUGUCUUUACGCUCAUCAUUGAUUCGUAUCCCGAUAUUGUUUCACAAACCUUUGUGGUGAUUACCUUUUUCAGGAAUGCGAUUGGCGUCAUCGGCGCCUUUGCCGUGGAGCCGUGGCGGCAGGCCAUGACGGUGUCGGGCAUGUUUGUCCUCAUCGCCGGCGUAAUCAUUCUUGUUCACCUUGUGGCGGUUCCCAUGGCCAUCUGGGGCAAGCGGGCGAGGGCUGCCAAUGCUGAGCGGUAUUACCGCCUGUCGCAGGCGACAUGGUAG